CAGAAACACCCAGACGUGGAGCUGCUGGAGCCAGUGCAGAGGAGGCCACGGAGAUGAUCCAAGGGCUGGAGCACCUCCUGUACGAGGACAGGCUGAGAGAGUUGGGGUUGUUCAGCCUGGAGAAGAGAAGGCUGUGGGGAGAGCUUAGAGCAGCUUCCAGUGCUGAAAGGGGCUCCAGGAAAGCUGGGGAGGGGCUCUGGAUCAGGGAGGGCAGUGACAGGACAAGAGGAGAUGGGUUUAAGCUGAAAGAGGGGAGAUUGAGAUGACAUCUGAGGAAGAAAUAUUUUGCUGUGAGGGUGGGGAGGCCCUGGCCCAGGUUUCCCAGAGCAGUGGUGGCUGCCCCAUCCCUGGAGGUGUUCAAGGCCAGGUUGGAUGGGGCUUGGAGCCUCUGAUCCAGUGGGAGGUGUCCCUGCCCAUGGCAGGGGAGUGGAACUAAAUGGGCUCUGAUGUCCCUUCCAACCUAAACCAUUCCAUGAUUCCAUAUUUCUAACUCUGCAUCAAAUCAGGCAUGCACAGCGCGGUUGGAGGAUGUGGUGAGGUUGCUGGCAGGGGGUGUGGAUGGGGCAGCUGCCUCUGGCCCAGCUCCUCCAACAUUUGGGAGCUCAGGGCCACACUGUGGGAUGGAGAAUAACCCUGAGCUGCCCUGAUCCCAGAGCUGGGGCUGGGCCAAGGCAACACUGCUUGGAUGCAAACACCGUCUGCAUGUCCUGUGCUAGGAUGGAGUUGGGAGGCUGAGUGGUUCCCAGGCUCUGUCAAAAAUCUGUUUUUGUGAAUAGGAUUGGUUAAAUCUCAUCUUGUCCGCCCAUGAUCCCUGGCAGAAGUGAGUCUUGCUCAUCUCUAGCUCUUUAUGAAACACAACAGUCCCUUUCCUGGAGUUCCAGCAGCAAGCAGGAGGAGGAGGCAAGACUCAAGGACCCUUGCAAGCUGCAGAGCACUAGGUCAAGGGAAGAUUUCCCAUUCUCCAUCUCCUUCAUCUCUGCCCUGGCGGGAUGAGGCUUCACAAGCAGUGAAGCCCUGGCUUCGAAGGUGGUGUUCACAGCGUCCAGGGCAGGGGUUGCCCUGUGAGGUUUGGCUCCAUAUGAGGCAAGAGCUGUCAUCUGGACGUACCCAGGCAGCUCUGGCCACAUUCACCGUGGUUUCUCUCUGCUGAGCUAAACUGGGGUUGCAAAAGACGUUCUCGGGUCCUUCCAGGCUGCAGACAGGACCCCAAGUGCUCGCAGUGCUGUGGCAGUCCAGGCAGUGCUUUGACACUUUCAAGCCUGAGCUGCCUUGUGGUUUGGGCUGGAAGCCUCCCCUCCGCGUGAUGCAGGCUGUCCUGGUGCCCUGCCCCAUCCCAGGCUGUUCCAGUGCUCGCCCGGCAGCACAGCGGGGAGCAGGCACGGCUUGGCGCUAGGGAUUUGUCACCACGCUGCUAUGCCAUGAGGAAACUGAGGCACAGCUGGCACACUGCCCUGAAAUCAGCAUGUCAGGAGCUGGGAACCAAAGAAUCACAGAAUUAUAGAAUAGCUUAGGUUCAAAAGGACCUAAAUGAUCACCCAGUUCCACCCCGCUGCAAUGGGCAGGGACACCUCCCACUGGAUCAGGCUGCCCAAGGCAGGUAAAGGGCUGUUAAAUAUCUCCAGGGAUGAACACUUCCAAGGAUGAACACCAACUCCUCAACGAUCCCCUCUAUAUCAAACCUAGAUUGAUCCCAGGGCAGAACGCAGGAGUCCUCAUGCUUGGCCACAUUGUCAUCUGGGGCUUGGCCACCUCCUCCCCCAAGGCCCUGCUUGCCCCCUGCCCACCUCCCACAGUCGCAGUCUGGGGUUCUCGCUUGGCUUGGAGCCAGGAUGUGCUCACGUUUGGGAUGCACACAGGCUCCAGGGGCAGCAGAAAGACUGCAGAGGGUCACAUAAAAAGGGAUGGGGGGGAUUUUGUUGACUCUCAUGGGCCAAGCAUCUGUCCUUGCACUGGCCAACCCUGCCAGGAGCAUGGUGGCUCGUAGCCGGACUUUAGUGGCCAGCUUGGAGGGGCUGUGCAGUGGCUCGUAGAUGGGCUGCAGUGGCUAGCUCGGAGGGACUGUGCAGUGGCUCAUAGGUGGGUUGCAGUGGCUAGCUCGGAGGGACUGUGCAGUGGCUCACAGGUGGGUUGCAGUGGCCAGCUCGGAGGGGCUGUGCAGUGGCUCGUAGAUGGGCUGCAGUGGCCAGCUCAGAGGGGCUGUGCAGUGGCUCAUAGAUGGGUUGCAGUGGCUAGCUCAGAGGGGCUGUGCAGUGGCUCAUAGAUGGGUUGCAGUGGCCAGCUCAGAGGGGCUGUGCAGUGGCUCGUUGAUGGGUUGCAGUGGCCAGCUCGGAGGGGCUGUGCAGUGGCUCAUAGAUGGGUUGCAGUGGCCAGCUCAGAGGGGCUGUGCAGUGGCUCGUAGAUGGGUUGCAGUGGCCAGCUCAGAGGGGCUGUGCAGUGGCUCAUAGAUGGGUUGCAGUGGCCAGCUCGGAGGGGCUGUGCAGUGGCUCGUAGAUGGGCUGCAGUGGCCAGCUCAGAGGGGCUGUGCAGUGGCUCGUAGAUGGGCUGCAGUGGCCAGCUCGGAGGGGCUGUGCAGUGGCUCGUAGGUGGGCUGCAGUGGCCAGCUCAGAGGGGCUGUGCAGUGGCUCGUAGGUGGGUUGCACAGUUGCCAGCUUAGAGGGGCUGUGCAGUGGCUCGUAGAUGGGUUGCAGUGGCCAGCUCAGAGGGGCUGUGCAGUGGCUCGUAGAUGGGUUGCAGUGGCCAGCUCAGAGGGCAAGCGCAGCCCUCGACUCUCCCUGGGCUGGGUCCAGACCCGCCUGCCUGAGAGGGAGGACACUUGGUGCCCACCAAGGCAGCAAAUCCCCGAGUGACGGGGCUGAACCCACAACCCCAGGCCUGGGCACAGCCAGUGUGUGCAGCUCUUGGGCUGCCACGAGCACUAAUCACCAGUUACAGGGUGAGCCCUCAUCUGACUGGUCCGGUAGGGUGGUGGCAUAUUCCCAGCAGCACAUGGGGAUGGCAACCAUGCGUCUCAUCCCUCUGGGUCCUACCAACCGCCUGGCACCGCCUGAUCAUGCUAGUUGCCUUGAUUAAAGCUUGCACGCACCACUGGUCCCUCUCCCUGCAGGGUAACCUCUCCACUUCCCUUCUCCUGGGCUCCUGGUGCUGCGGGGGAGGGCAUUAAAUGAAGGGAAAAGUGGGAAAGUUUGGUAAAACUGAAGGGAUGGGAAGAGCUAUGGGUAAGGGGGAAAGGGUGGGCUGGCAUGCCGAGUGAUGGGGGUUGGAGCUGGACGAGCUUUGAGGUCCCUUCCUAUCCAAACCAGUCCAUGAUCCAGUGUCCUCAGAGGUGCUGAGCUCCGCGUACCUAUCCCCAGUGCAUAUCCACGCAGGGAUCCAGCAGAGAAGCCUCUGCGAUCCCCCCAAAGAUGGACAGGGAAGCAACUUUCUCUUCCCUUCAGCCCUGCCCUCUGGCUCCAUCUGCCCGCAUUCCUCUCCUCUCCUCAGUGCCUUUCAUGUAAACUCCUCCCAGCGGGUGCACAUGGGAUGCAGGGCUGGAAACAAAGCCCAAGUCUAUGCUCCAAAGGAUGCUCUGCUCCCAGCCCAUCCCUCCUGCGUCCCCAGGCAGGGCUUGGUCCUUUUAUCCCUGUCUCUGUUGUGGUUUUAUGCACUGUUCCGAGCUGUGGCACUCUUGAUGGACUCUCCACCAACAGAGCUGAUAAUUCCCAUCAUCAGGUCUGAAUUUCCCUCACCCCAUGGCAAAUAUCUCUCCUGGUUGGGGGUUUCCCACGCCUCCCGUAGCUUGAGAAUUGCCAUGAGUCCCAGUUAGCUGAGAGACCGGGGGCUGGUAGCAGGAUUGGGCGACCACGUCGAGUUUGGGAAGGAUUUGGCACAAAUAAUGCUGUGGGUAGGUGGGAACAUCUGGAUCCCAGCACGGGUGUUUGGUGGGAUUGAGCUGGAGCACGGACCCAGGAGUGGAUGGGAUGGGAUGGGAUGGGAUGGAGGGGCUACCCAGCCAGGCCAUUCCAGCAUCCCACAGAGUGGGUGAGGAGGGAUGGGGGUCAGGGAAUGAGGGUGGGAUGGGAAUUGUGGAGGUGGAGAUGAUGAAGGAACCAGGGGUGAAUGAGGUCUGGAGCCCAGGGAGCUCUCCCCUCCCCAUCUGGAGCUGCAGGCUCUGAUGGGGCCCCAGAGCAGGGCUCUUUCCCCUCCAAGUGCAGACACCAGGACAAAGUCUCCCUCUCUCCACAUCUGGAUCCAUGGCUCUGGGUGGAGCCCAGGACAGUGUCCAACCCCCCAGGCCCUACAUCUGGAUUCCGGGCGGCCCUCGGGACAGUGCCUCCCUCUUCCCCCCAGCCUCCACAUCUGGAUGCAGAGCUGGAGCAAGCCCCUCUCCACAUCGGCCCGCACACUUUCUCCAUGCUACUCUGCUAACCUCAGCCCUGCAUCAGAGAGGCUGGUCUCGGCCGUGGGCUGCACUGUGCUUUUGACAGUCCCGCCGCUGAACGCCACCAAAGCUGUCUUCUGGGAAUACAAAACUGGCUCGCAGGAAGGAGUUAUCAUCAGUUAUGCUUUCAAUAGACCUGCCAACGCAUCUCGCUUCUACGAGAAUCGCACCAAGUUUAAUGAAACAGACUUCUCGCUGCAGAUGGUGCUUCAAAGGGGAGAUGAUCGGCUGUACCGGUUCCGGUCCGGAUCGGAUGCCACGGGCUGGUUCCAGCUGCGUGUUGUGGAACUGCUGUCUGAGCCAGAAAUUGUGGGCAACUCAUUGGUGAAGGCAGGAGGCAACAUCAAACUGGUCUGCAACGUCCUGGGAGGGAAGGCAGAUUUGUACCGGUGGAAGAAAAAUGGAGAGCUGCUGCUGGGAAGCAACCACAUCCAGUUUGUUGACAACACUACCACCCUGUGCAUCAUGAAAGCGUCGAUGAAUGACAGUGGCUAUUACACUUGUGUGGUCCACAACGAAGUCAGCCAGAAUGAAACCUCCUUCCUGCUCCAUGUCCAAAAUGCUGCAAAUGUGGUGUUGCCCAUGAUCCUGGCUUGUGUUUUUGUCGGCUUGCUCGCAGGUGUCUUCGUCUGGUGCAGGAGCAGGGACCGCCCGUGUCGCAAUGGCUGUUGGUGGUGGCAGACCUUGAAGAUGCUGGAUUUCACCCCAUGUUCAACUCUGUGGGAAGAGCCGCUGUGCCCAGGGAGGACAUCUGGCUCCUGCAUUCCCACUGGAACAGCUGCCCAGGGAGGUGGUGGAGUCCCCAUCCCUGGAAGUGUUUAGAAGACGGGCAGAUGAAAUGCUUAGGGCCAUGAUUUAGUAGUGGACAGGUACAGUUGGACUUGGUGAUCUCAAAGGUCUUUUCCAACCUAGGGAUUCUAUGAUUCCCCAUCCUAUCCUUUUCCUGGGCAGCCCGGAUCCUCCUGUGGCAACUGCAGUUUGGGGAACUGAGCUGGGGUUAAAACCAACCCAACAACCUUGUGCUGAGGCCAAGUGAGGGUAUUUUUUACCUGAAUCAGUUUGCUGAGUCACAGGAACCUGGCAAGCAGCUGUUCUGGCACAGCCCAUAGUCCCAGGGAUAGCUGGGCUUGGGAGAAGAUGCCACUGAGGUUGGAGACGUUUCUGAGGUUCACCCUGUGGAUCAUUUACAGGGGAAGUUUCAGUCUGGAGGUUAAUCUGGUGGCCUUUUACGUGGAUUUAUGCACAGUAGCUGUGUUUGAAAUCAGAAAAGCCUUCUGCAGGCCAUAGGAAAUACCUUUGUGCAUUGUAACAGCCAAAUCUGGUGGGGAAAAACAGCCUUUGGGAAGGACAGUACGAACAUGUGGAGUUUCGAUGUGCUCUGAAUAGAUGAGUCCCUGUUUGAGUUUGCCAAGCAAACAGAUUCCUACUGGUAAAGCAUGUUGGUAUUUCAAGUUACUACAAAAUUACACCCAGAAAAGCAAGUGUAUGUUUAUAUUUCAAACUAUUUUAUUGCCUAUGAUUAAGCUGAUCUGUGAUUAAUUUGUUGUAUGAAUCAUAGAAUCUUGGAAUGGUUUGGGCUGGAAGGGGCCUCAAAGCCCAUCCAGUUCCAACCCCCUGCCAUGGGCAGGGACACUUCCACUGGAUCAGGGGGUUCAAAGCCCCAUCCAACCUGGCCUUGAACACCUCCAAGGAUGGGGCAGCCAUCCCUGAUUCUUCCCAAGAUCUCAUCUCAAACUCCCCUCUUGCAGCUCAGAACCGUUCCCCUCAUUCUAUCCCUGCGGUCCCUGAUCCAGAGCCUCUCCGCAGCUUUCCUGGAGCCCCUUUCAGGUCUGGAAGCUGCUCCAAGGUCUCCCCACAGCCUUCUCUCCUCCAGGCUGAACAACUCCAACCCUCCAAGCCUGUCCUCAUAUGGGAGGUGCUGCAGCCCUUGGAUCAUCUCCAUGGCCUCCUCUGGACCCAUUCCAGCAGAUCUAUGUCCUUCCUGGGCCAAGGACUCCAGCACUGGAUGCAGGGCUCCAGGUGGGGUCUCGCCAGAGCAGAGCAGAGGGGCAGAAUCCCCUCCCUCGCCCUGCUGGUCUCACUGCUCUGGAUGCAACCCAGGACACGGUUUCUCAGUUAUGAGAGCACGUUGCUGGCUUGUGUUGAGCUUCUCCGCCAUCAGCACCCCAAGUCCUUCUCAGGGGUGCUCACAAUACAUUCUCUGCCCAGCCCGUGUAUAUGGAUUAUUUGAAAUGCUACUCGUAUAAUGCUCAGCUAAUCACUCCCAGGAGCGAGGCCAAUUGGUGAUGGACAAAGUCUCCCUGUCUGGAUGAUCCAUGCCAGGGAAUCAGGAGUCAGUAGGGGGGUGCCAUAGAGAAGUCUUCUCUGGGGAGUCUCCACUUCGGAUGGAAAUGAAGUGUUUUUUACACCAUAGAGACAUGAGGGGGCGUAGGACACCGCUAUUUGGAGCAGGAGUUUCUGUUUCACCCGGAAUGAUUAUUUUCUAUUUUUCUCAGACCAAUUUUUGCUUUCCCAGGCUGGUUCUCUCUUCCUUCAGCUGAAAGAGACAAGACCUUACACCAAUUCCUGCUUUCUCAGUCUGUUUUCCACUUUUUUUGAAUAGUUUUUCCCUAUCCAAAUACUAAGGAUGGGGCUCUGAACAACCUCAUCUGAUUGAAGGUGU